UCUCACGGAAGGGCCUUUCCUCCCCCAGGGAACCAUGGCAGAGAAGAUCCUGGUGACCGGCGGAGCUGGCUACAUCGGCAGUCACUGUGUGCUGGAGCUGGUGGAGGCUGGCUAUGUCCCUGUGGUCAUAGACAACUUCCACAACGCCAUCCGAGGGGCAGACGCGCUCCCCGAGAGCCUCCGGCGUGUGCAGCAGAUCGUGCGCCAGCCCAUCCUUUUCCAGGAGCUGGACAUCACCGACGAGGCAGCGCUGCAGGAGCUCUUCAGUAAGCACCAUUUCUCAGCCGUGAUGCACUUUGCGGGGCUGAAGGCAGUGGGGGAGUCGGUGCAGAAGCCCCUGGAGUACUACAGGGUGAACCUCACCGGGACCAUCCAGCUGCUGGAGACCAUGAGGGCCCACGGCGUGAGGAACAUCGUGUUCAGCAGCUCCGCCACCGUCUACGGGGACCCCAAAUACCUGCCCCUGGAUGAAAACCACCCGGUUGGAGGCUGCACCAAUCCCUACGGCAAAUCCAAGUACUUUAUUGAGGAGAUGAUUCGAGAUCUCUGCAAAGCAGAAAGGGACUGGAAUGCCGUUCUCCUCCGCUAUUUCAACCCCAUCGGUGCCCACGAGUCUGGGAUGAUCGGAGAAGAUCCUCAGGGGAUCCCAAACAACCUCAUGCCCUACGUGGCGCAGGUGGCGGUGGGGCGCCGGGAAUUCCUGAACGUCUUCGGGAAUGACUACACGACGGACGACGGAACGGGCGUCAGGGAUUACAUCCACGUCGUGGAUUUGGCCAAGGGCCAUAUCGCUGCUUUGAAGAAGCUCAAGGAGAACUGUGGCUGCAAGAUUUACAACCUGGGCACAGGCACCGGCUACUCCGUCCUGCAGAUGGUCCGGGCCAUGGAGAAAGCCUCAGGGAGGGAGAUCAAGUACAAGAUCACGGGCCGGCGGGAGGGAGACGUGGCCUCCUGCUACGCCAACCCGGCGCUGGCCGAGCGCGAGCUGGGCUGGAAAGCUGCCUUUGGCCUGGACAAGAUGUGCGAGGACCUGUGGCGGUGGCAGCUGCAGAAUCCCACAGGCUUCAGCAAGAACUGAGCUGUGGCCCGAGGGCUCUCCUGGCUGCUGUGGGCUGCUCCAGGACCAGCCCCCCCCGGGGCUGUCAUCAUCCUGGCUGCAGUUCCAGCUCCCCCUCCUGCCUCUUGCAUGGGGGCAGGAAGGCAGGAGCACCCCCCCAGUCUCUCUCCGCUCCUCAUCCUCAUUCCUCCAGGUCCUUUGCAUCUCAUAGAGCAGAAACCCAAGGAAGAACAGAGCCAGGGCCCAGCUUCGGCACCCAGGGCACAAAACCACCUCGUGGGAAUGCAGAGGGGCUGGUGCUGGCCCCAGCAGGGAGGGGGUGCUCGGCUGGGCCCUCCCUCUGCCCUGGCAGGUGGCCACAUCCAGCACUAAAACACACAAGUCCUGCCGAGCCCAAACUGCUGAGGAACCCACCCAUUCCCCGGGGCACCCGCUGCCCCCUGCCCUGGGCUACUGAGCCCCUACCUCACAGCCCCAGGAACCCCCCACGGGGACCAGACCCAUCCCAAGCCCACCACGGCUCAUUUCCCCAGGGCCAAGGCCCCGAUGCCUGCCAGGGGCUUUCCCCUCCCUCAACACACCUUCUCCCCUGCCCCCCAGGGCAGUUCUGGGGACCAAGCCUCAUCUCCCCCGCGCUCCUGUGCCAGCCCUGGGCACGGCCGGCUCUGCCUGGCUGCUGUUAGAUGUGGCUGGUGCCUGGUUUGCCUUCAUCGCCUGUGGCAGCCACUUCCAUCAUCACGGUGCCAAAGGCUGCCCAGCUCUGCUGUCAAAUACUGGUCCUAUUUAUUACUGGCAGCUCUUAACGGCCUCGUUAGGCAGCGAUGACGCAGUCAGCCCUGUUUGCUGUCAGUGAGAUUAAUAACUUAUGCUACUAAAUUAUGAAUUGAGCUUUUGAUUUGUUUUUAAAUAAACUUUCUUACUUUCUAA